CUCCCAAGAACCCUAAAAAAUCUCAUCCAAGAACAAGAAGUUCGCUGCUUUUGUCGAUCAGAGCAUCACAGGAGCUCGCGAAACAAUCCCAACGAUGGCCGAGGAGAGACCCAGCGCCGCUGCCACUGCUAGCGCCUCCUCAGGAAUCGGAAUUGGCGAUGGAGGCGGGAGGCUGCUGCGGAGGAGCAGCGGGUCCAGAGGAUCACGGCGGCUGCCGCUCCCGGAUUUCCUCCAGAGCGUCAACCUCAAGUACGUCAAGCUCGGCUACCACUACCUGGUGACGCAUCUCAUCACGCUCACGCUCGUCCCGCUGAUGCUCGGGGUAGCGAUCGAGGUCGGCCGCCUGGGCCCCGAGGACAUCCACCAGCUCUGGAUCCACCUCAAAUUCAACCUCGUCAGCGUCAUGACGUGCUCCGCGCUGCUCGUCUUCGCCGCCACCGUCUACUUCAUGUCCCGCCCGCGCAGCGUCUUCCUCGUCGACUACGCGUGCCACAAGCCAUCGCCCAACAUCCGCGUCCCCUUCGCCUCCUUCAUGGAGCACUCCAAGCUCUCGGGGAGCUUCGACGACAAGAGCCUCGAGUUCCAGCGCCGGAUCCUGGAGCGCUCCGGGCUGGGCGAGCAGACCGCGCUCCCGCCCGCGAUGCACUACCUCCCGCCGCGACCAUCCAUGGAUGCGGCGCGCCAGGAGGCCGAGACCGUCAUGUUUAGCGCGCUGGACGAGCUCUUCCACAAGACGGGCGUCAAGCCCAAGGACGUCGGGAUCCUGGUCGUCAACUGCAGCCUCUUCAACCCCACGCCAUCGCUCUCGGCGAUGAUCGUCAACAAGUACAAGAUGCGCGGCAACAUCCGCUCUUACAACCUGGGAGGGAUGGGCUGCAGCGCGGGAGUGAUCGCCAUCGACCUCGCCAAGGACAUGCUCCAGGUCCACGGCAACGACUACGCCAUCGUGGUGAGCACCGAGAACAUCACCCAGAACUGGUACUUCGGCAACCGCCGCUCCAUGCUCAUCCCGAAUUGCCUCUUCCGCGUCGGCGGCGCCGCGAUGCUGCUCAGCAACCGACGAUCCGACCGCCGCCGCGCCAAGUACGAGCUCCUCCACACCGUGCGGACGCACAAGGGCGCCGACGACAAGUCGUUUCGCUGCGUCUACCAGGAGGAGGACGAGAACUCCAAGAUGGGCGUGUCGCUCUCCAAAGAUCUCAUGGCCAUCGCCGGGCAGGCGCUCAAGACCAACAUCACGACCAUGGGGCCGCUGGUGCUGCCACUGUCCGAGCAGAUCAUCUUCUUCAGCUUCCUGGUGGCGCGGAAGGUGUUCAAGCGCGCGGUGAAGCCAUACAUCCCGGACUUUCGGCUGGCGUUCCACCACUUUUGCAUCCACGCGGGCGGCCGCGCGGUGAUCGACGAGCUGGAGAAGAACUUGCAGCUCACCGCGGAGCACGUCGAGGCGUCGCGGAUGACGCUGUACCGAUUCGGGAACACGUCCAGCUCCUCGAUCUGGUACGAGCUCGCGUACAUCGAGGCCAAGGGGAGGAUGAGGAAGGGGAACCGCGUGUGGCAGAUCGCGUUUGGGAGCGGGUUCAAGUGUAACAGCGCCGUGUGGCGGGCGCUGCGGACGAUCAAGGCGAGCGAGAAGGGGCCCUGGGCGGAUUGCAUCGACCAGUUCCCGGUGGCGAUUCUUCUUUCUUCUUCCUCGGUGAUGGGUUUGGUUGCCUCACACAAUAAUGUGCAAAGGAUUCUUUUUAUGUCUCUUGAUGUUAGCGAAGAACCCUAAAAGGAUGUUAAACGAAGAACCCUAAAACAGGGUUUAGGGCUUCUGCCACGG